CCCAGCAAUUCGAUAUCUCGCCCACUAUUUGUUUUGCUUUUUUUUUUUUAGCUUCUGGAGUUAGGGAGUAAGGAGGGUGGAUAAGGUGUCAGUGCUCCUCCACCUGCUCUCAGCACUCUCCGCAAGAUGAGGCUCCAGCAUGUGAGGCUCCUGCUGCAGACCAGGGAUCACUUACUACAGGCUAGAGCCAGGGGACAGGCUGUGGUCACUAGGGUGCAAGAGCCCAGGAGGACAAUCAGCACAGGACGUCAUGAAGAGAGCAAUGCGGAAAGCACAUCUUCUGUUCUGGGAAAGAGAUGGAAGGACACUGCAGAGACAGUUAUUAUUGGCGGUGGAUGCGUGGGGGUGAGCCUGGCAUAUCACCUAGCCAAAGCUGGCAUGAAGGAUGUGGUAUUACUGGAGAAAUCAGAGCUUACAGCUGGAUCUACAUGGCAUGCAGCUGGGCUAACAACAUAUUUUCAUCCUGGGAUUAACCUUAAAAAAAUUCAUUAUAACAGUAUCAAGCUGUAUGAAGACUUGGAAGAAGAGACAGGACAGGCUGUUGGCUUCCACCAACCCGGAAGUAUCAGAAUAGCUUCAACCCCUACUCGGGUGGAUGAACUAAAAUACCAAAUGACAAGGGGUCGAUGGCAUCCAAAUCCUCAGUAUUUAGUCGGACCAGAAAAAGUGAAUGAACUGUUUCCUCUGCUGAACAUGGAAAAGGUCCUGGCUGGAUUGUACAAUCCUGGAGAUGGUCAUAUUGACCCUUAUUCCCUGACUAUGGCCCUUGCAUCAGGGGCCAGAAAAUACGGGGCACAGUUAUACUUUCCAGCAGAAGUAACUGACUUGACACCUCGACCUGAUGGGACUUGGAAUGUGGGGACGGCUCAUGGGACCAUUCAUGCCAAAAGGAUUGUGAAUGCUACAGGAUUUUGGGCUCGAGAAGUUGGGAAGUUAAUAGGACUUGAACAUCCUCUUAUUCCUGUGCACCAUCAGUAUGUGGUUACUGGAACAGUUCCUGAAGUGAAAGCCUUGAAGAAGGAGCUCCCAGUUCUUAGAGAUCUAGAAGGCUCAUAUUACCUACGGCAAGAACGUGAUGGACUUUUAUUUGGCCCUUAUGAAAGUCAAGAGAAAAUGAAACUGCAAGAAACCUGGGUAACACAUGGGGUCCCACCAGGUUUUGGAAAGGAAUUGUUUGAGUCGGAUUUAGACAGGAUAAUGCAACAUGUGGAGGCAGCUAUGGACCUGGUUCCUGUGCUGAGAAGUGCAGACAUCAUCAACAUUGUUUCUGGACCUAUAACAUACUCUCCUGAUAUUCUUCCAAUGGUUGGUCCUCAUCAAGGUGUCCAAAACUACUGGGUGGCCGUUGGUUUUGGAUACGGUAUAAUUCAUGCUGGUGGCAUCGGAAAAUUCUUAAGUGACUGGAUUACUGGUGGAGAGCCUCCUUUUGACCUCAUUGAAUUGGACCCAAAUAGAUACGGAAAAUGGACCACUCCAAAAUACACAGCACUGAAAGCAAGAGAGUCCUACGGGUUCAACAACAUAGUUGGUUAUCCUAAGGAGGAAAGGUUUGCAGGAAGACCGACUGAGAGAGUGAGUGGAGUUUAUGAAGAGCUGAAGACUAAAUGCUCCAUGGGCUUCCAUGCGGGAUGGGAACAACCUCACUGGUUCUACAAGAAAGGAGAUGAUGCUGGAUACAAACCUAGUUUUCGAAGGACAAACUGGUUUGAGCCAGUGAGGCGAGAAUAUAACCAGGUGAUGGAGAAAGUGGGAGUGAUUGACCUGACACCCUUUGGCAAGUUUACUGUGAAAGGGAAAGAUUCUAUCAAAUUCUUGGACCAUCUCUUUGCAAACACAAUUCCAAAGGAGGGUUUCACCAAUAUAAGUCACAUGCUGACCCCUAGAGGCCGUGUCUACGCUGAGCUCACAGUAUCACACUUAUCCCCAGGAGAAUUUUUACUGAUUACUGGAUCUGGAUCAGAACUCCAUGAUCUCAGGUGGAUAGAAGAUUUUGCAACACAAGGCAAAUAUAAUGUGGAGAUAGUGAAUGUGACAGAUGAGGUAGGAGUACUUGGUGUAGCAGGACCACUGUCCAGAAAGGUUCUCCAAAAAUUAACAUCUGAAGACUUGAGUGACUCUGCGUUCAAAUUUCUGCAUGGUAGAAGAAUGAACAUUGGUGGUUUCCCAGUCACAGCCAUCCGAAUAUCUUAUACAGGUGAGCUGGGCUGGGAGCUGUACCACAAGCGGGAGGACACAUCAGGGCUGUACAACAAGAUCAUGCAGGCGGGAGAUGAAGAAGGGAUUGAUAACUUUGGUACAUAUGCCAUGAAUGUGUUAAGACUGGAGAAGGCUUUCCGUGCCUGGGGAGCGGAGAUGAAUUGUGACACGAACCCCCUGGAGGCCGGACUACAGUACUUUAUAAAGCUAAACAAGCAAGCGGACUUUAUUGGCAAGCGGGCCAUGAAGCAAAUAAAGGAGAAGGGGCUUCAGAGGAAACUCGUGUAUCUCACCUUGGAAACGGAUAACGUUGAUCCUGAGGGAAAUGAAAGCAUCUGGCACAGUGGGAAGGUUGUUGGUAACACGACAUCUGGAACCUUUAGUUACUCCACCAACAAAAGCAUGGCUUUUGCCUAUGUGCCUAUACAGCUGAGUGGAGCAGGACAAAAACUGGAGGUGGAACUUCUUGGCAAUCACUACCCGGCCACGGUCAUACAAGAACCACUGGUGUUUACCGAACCGACCAGGAACCGCAUGCAGAAGAAAGGAGAAGGUGCUAAACUGUAACUACAGGCAACAUGGUCACCGUGAAGACUUCACUGUGAAACCAACGUCUACUACACCUGUGCCGUUUCUUUUUUUUUUAAGUAUCUUUGGCUAUUUGUUGAAAAGCCCCAUACUGAUACAACGGACGUCUGCUAAAGAAAAGCAGAAAUUAUACAAAGUAUCAGAGACAGCAGGAGUUUCACAUCUUAUCUGGGCUUUAUAAAUUGAUAACCUCCUGGCAUUUAGUCAUUGAGUUUAUCAGCGGGAGUGCUAGGAGUCGGACCCCCACCUAUCUAAUAUUGAUGGCCUAUAGCAGUGUUUGCCAGCCAGGGUGCCUCCAGCUGUUGGAAAACUACAACUCCCAUCAUACCUUUGGCUGGGCAAUUGUAGUUUUGCAACAGCUGGAUGCACCCUGGUUGCAUAGACUGCCAUAUACUAGUCUUUAUUAGUUUAAGGAAUAUUUUGGAUCUUUAGUUUAAAGGUGUUUUUCAGGUUUCAAAUAUUUUUUUUUAUUUUUUUUCCAGAAACAGAGCAGCUCUUUUUUCUCAGGUUGUGUGUGGUGUUGCAGCUGAGUUCCAUUAGGAUUAGAAAAAGAUGCUUUUUUUUCCAGACACAGUGCCACUCUUGUCCUCCGGUUGUUUGUGGUAUUACAUCUCCGUUCCAUUGAAGUGAAUGGAGAGGAGUUGUAAUACCACACACAACCUGAGGACAAGGGUGGUGCUGUCUUUGUAAUAAAGCAGCUAUAAUAUUCUAAUACUGGAUGACCCAUUUUAUAAUUAAAAGAACCGCUCCAGGAAAAAACGGAUACACUAUAGAGGGCAUAAAGUAAUCAAAAGAGUACAGUACAGUAAAGAUAGAAGUCGUGCACCAGCUCCUUCAGGCCCUUUCCUGGGUAUAAUACACUGUGUCUGUUUCUCCUGCAGUACUAUUCUUAUACUAAACUAUAUAAACCAAGCAGAGUGUAAUACACUGUGGAAUACUGCACACAUAAAAUAAAUACAAGAUCUAUAAUGUAAAAUAUAACACAUUUUAUUUGUGUUUUUGUGAUUUUAGCUGGUUUUGG